UCACUCCUGCUGAAGUUGACUUCAGAGAGAGAUCGUGUUUACGGUUAGUGUACGGCGGUAUGGCACAGAGUCAGACCUGCUCUCAAAGCAUGGGAGCGUAUUACUGCCUCGUUCGCAGGAGGUUCAAGAGAAGACGCAAAAAACGAUCCGAACGCAAAGGCAUCAUCAGCAUGACAAUGAAUGAAGGAGCCGGUGGGCGGCCCAGGGGGCAGCAGAAGCUCUGCAGUCUGGAUGUGGAUGAAGAGAAACGCAUGAGUUCGUGUAGCAUGGACGUUAAAGAAAACCGCAACCUGGACAACCUCUCCUCCAAAGAAGUGCUGGGGGAGGGGCCUCACUUAGCUAAUGGAAACGCUCGGGGAUUGAGCAGGAAACGCCCUCUGGAGGAGGGCAACAAAGGCCACGGGCAUUCCAAAUUCCGGCCCAAGAAGCGCAGGAAACCGCAAGGGCCAGUCUUGCCGAAAAAUGCUCUCAUGCAACUGAACGAAAUCAAACCGGGACUGCAGUACAAACUUCUGUCUCAGACGGGGCCGGUACAUGCACCUGUGUUCAUUAUGACCGUUGAGGUUAAUGGACAGUUAUUUGAGGGCUCAGGCCCAACGAAGAAGAAAGCCAAACUGAAUGCGGCCGAAAAAGCGCUACGCUCUUUCGUUCAGUUUCCCAAUGCAUCCGAAGCUCACCUCGCGAUGGGCCGAACGCUGACUGUUAACGCAGACUUCACCUCAGAUCAAGCAGAUUUCCCAGACAUGCUAUUUAAUGGAUUUGAGACACCCGCACCACCUGAAGACCCCUUCUACCUGAGUCUUGGCAGCAAUGGGUGUCUCUGCUCCCUAAACGAAUUUCCUCUGCCCGUGGCGCUGAAAAACAACAACAGGUCAUAUCCUCCUCUCCAACUACCCCCUGCACUCACAACGCCCCCUACAGGCAGUGGCAAAAACGCUGUGAUGAUCCUAAAUGAGCUUCGGCCAGGACUGAAGUAUGAGUUUGCGGCUGAGAGCGGUGAAAGCCAUGCCAAGAACUUUACAAUGGAAGUUACCGUAGAAACUCAGAUGUUCCAAGGCUCCGGACGGAAUAAAAAGCUGGCGAAAGCGAGGGCGGCCCAAGCAGCUCUGUCUGGACUUUUUAACAUGCAACUGGACCAGACACCAUCCCGACAGCCAAUCCCCAGAGAGGGACUUCAGCUGCACCUGCCUCAGGUCCUUGCGGAUGCUGUUUCUCGUUUAGUUGUGGAAAAGUUCAGUGAGCUGACGGAUAACUUCACGUCUCCACAUGCACGGCGGAAAGUCCUUGCGGGUGUUGUCAUGACAACUGGUACGGAUGUGAAGGAUGCUCAGGUAAUUUGCGUCACCACGGGAACCAAGUGUAUAAAUGGGGAGUACAUGAGUGAUCGGGGACUGGCCCUUAACGACUGCCAUGCUGAGAUCAUCGCACGUCGCUCCCUCAUCAGAUACCUGUACAGUCAGCUGGAAUACUUCAUUAGCAACAGCACUGAGGAACAUGAGAAAUCCAUAUUCAGAUGGUGUAGUGAACAUGGCUACCGGCUAAAAUACGAUAUUCAGUUCCAUCUGUAUAUCAGCACAUCGCCCUGCGGAGACGCCCGGAUCUUCUCCCCUCAUGAGGCUGGUGCCGAGGACCAAGGUGACCGACAUCCAAACCGCAAGGCCCGCGGACAACUGCGAACCAAGAUUGAGUCUGGAGAAGGUACAAUACCCGUUCGUACGAGUAACACCAUUCAGACCUGGGAUGGAGUGUUGCAGGGAGAACGACUGCUAACCAUGUCGUGUAGUGACAAGAUUGCCAGAUGGAACGUGAUCGGAGUCCAGGGGUCUCUUCUGAGUCACUUUACAGAACCCAUCUAUUUCUCCAGUUUAAUUUUGGGAAGUCUGUACCACGCCGACCAUCUUUCCAGAGCCGUGUACCAGCGCAUUGCAGACAUGGACGAUUUUCCCAAACCAUUUGCCCUCAACAGACCUCUUCUUAGUGGUAUCAGUAACACAGAAGCAAGGCAACCUGGGAAAGCUCCCAACUUCAGCGUCAACUGGACAGUCGGAGAUCAGGGGUUGGAGAUCAUUAACGCCACCACAGGAAAAGAUGAUCUCGGAAGACCGUCUCACCUCUGUAAACACGCCCUCUACAGUCGCUGGGUCUGUCUACAUGCCAAGCUCAGUGAAACUCUGGGGAUCCAAGGAUCUCGGCAAGGCUCCUACCAUGAGGCAAAACAAGCAGCAGUGGAAUAUCACGCGGCCAAACAGACUCUCUUCAAAGCUUUCUACAAAGCGGGACUUGGUGCAUGGGUUGAAAAACCCAUCGAACAAGACCAGUUUUCCCUUAACUCUUAAGAUAAACUGAGAGAAAAGGAUUGUCAGCAAGAGAUCUUUUGUACAUUUCCAUGGAAUGCAAGGUUUUAAUCUAACCUCCAUAGUAUUUAUUUAUUUUUUUGCCUCUGUUAUUACUGAGAAUUGCUUGGUUUCUUUUAUCUGUUAAAAACAUGGUCGUGUUCACUCAAAAAAUGGCUGGGUUAAACACCGCUGAAAACUUGGCACUGGGUAAAAGAUGGAAAGUACCUUGCGCUAAACCAACCCAGGUGGCUUGCACGGUUAAUCACAUUGACUAUAAUGCUGGCUUAAUUUUACCUCAGAAUGAUUUUUAAUUUAAAUUAAAUUUACCAAGGAGGUUCCCCACAAGAAGUUUUCUCACAGGAGAGGAGACAAACUGAUCUAUAUUAUGGUUGCUAUAAACCAGCAGCUUGGUUGCACAAAAAUACACAACAUUAUGAAAAUAACUUGAGAUGCACAAUACAAAAUGUAAUGAUAGAGAUAUCUG